UAAUUAUGGUAAUGCAAACAUACAGAACAGUAGGUAGUGUGAAAGAGGGUAGUAUCGCAUAACGUUAUAUGGUAGCUAAGUAAUAACUAAACCAUAUAAAUUAAGUGGUAUGUAUCUCGAAAGAUAUCAUCAAAAUCACUUUUCAGCUAAUCAAAAUGAGUUUCAUUAACUUUGUGUCAAAAUGUUUCGAAUACCUUUGGAAGUUUAUAAGUUUCUUGAUUCACUGGAUUGAUGUUAUAAUGGACAAGGUCAACGCUUAUUACCACAGGACUCCUCUCCUGGUAGGCUUUCAGGCACUCAUAUCCGCAGGCGGGGCCGUUAUAUAUGGGUGGAAAUCCACGUUGGUACAAGACCACUUGUGGAAAGAACCAUGGUAUAUCUUUUUGGGAAUCGCGGUACUGGCUGGAGUUUCAAUAUUAGCUCCUGCUGCGUACCUGACAUUUAACUACGAUAAAGACCAAGAAGCUCCACCAGUUCCUCAAAAUCACGGCGUGGUGAUAAUAGGAGUCCACUGGCUUCUGUCCCAAUUAGUUGACCACAUCGAGGAAGCAGUUGUGGGGCUGUCAAACCUUGCAGAUGUCUACGCAACAAUAUCUGUAUCGUUGUUAUUAGCAUAUUAUGUUGUAUUAACAAAGCUAGAUCGCAGGUGUGAAGUUGUCGGAGUGUCCGAGAAUCUUCUCCUCAUAACAAUGGCUUACUUUGAUAGCCAGGUGAAAGAACUGACGCGCUUCUGGAAAAUCAUAAAAACCAUAGUCUACUGGUCCAUAAUACAUUACCGAGCACAUAGGGUGAGUCGUCGAGAGGACGAUCCCCUCCUGGAGCCACUAAACUGACUCGGACGAUCCCCUCUUGUUUUACUAGUAAUGAAUAAAUGACUUGUGAAGUUGCUCCUUCUCAAGCAUGUGUGUUCUUGUGUUUUCGUACUUCAUAUGAAUUCUGGUUUUAAUAUAUGUAAAACUGUUAUGAUUGCUUUAUAAUAUAUGGGUUUUUCUAUAUAUUACUGUGUC